UGCAGUCCGAGGAUUCUCAUUUCUUUGAGAGCGAACAUGGCAGGCAAGUCGCUUUUCUUUGAUGGGGUUCCAUUGUCUAAGAGUGUUCAAGAGAUGUCCGUGAAUGGUGAUGAGCCACCCUCAGAAUUUCAUGUCAAAAACAGCAGUUCAGGAGGGACGGAUUCUUCCUAUCUUUUGUCGACCGUCUCAGUUCCGAUCAUCGAUCUUCGUUUUCUGCUGUCUUCGAAAGAUGAACUGGAAAAACUCAGAUUGGCUCUCGAAUCAGGAGGGUGUUUCCAGGCUAUUGGCCAUGAGAUGUCGAGUUCAUUUAUCGACGACGUCCGUCGAGUUGCAAAACAAUUUUUUGGGCUCCCACAGGAAGAGAAGCUGAAAUACUCCAGGGAAGCUAACGGAGUCGAGGGUUAUGGCCAUGAUCUGGUGAUCUCGGACAAGCAAGUUCUUGACUGGAACACUCGCUUGUUCCUCAAGGUAUUGCCUGAAAACCAAAGAAAGGUCAAUCUCUGGCCUGAAAAGCCAGAUGGUUUCAGAGAGGUCUUGCAUGAGUAUUCCAUCAAGCUAAAGCAAAUGAUGGAUCUUCUAUUUAAGGCCAUGGCAAAAUCACUCGACUUAGAAGAGAAUAGCUUCUCGGGUCAGUUCGGAGGCAACCAGGUAAUGCAAGUUAGGUUCAACUUCUAUCCACCUUGUUCAAAACCGGACAAAGUUCUUGGUGUCAAGCCUCAUUCGGAUAGAUCCGGUGUGACGGUCUUAUUGCAAGACGAAGAAGUCGAAGGCCUUCAAAUUGUCAAAGAUGAGAGAUGGAUCACAGUUCCCGUCAUUCCCCAUGCUCUUGUUGUCAACCUUGGUGACCAAAUGCAGAUAAUGAGUAAUGGGGUAUUCAAGAGCCCGGUGCACAGGGUGGUCACGAACGCGGACAAGCUGAGGAUAUCCGUGGCAAUGUUUAACGAGGCGGAGCCUGAGAACGAGAUAGGACCUGUGGAAGCCUUGAUAGAUGAUAACAGGCCAAGAUUAUACAGGAAUGUGAAAAAUUAUGCUUCUUUUAACUAUGAGUGCUUUCAGAAAGGCAAAGUGGCACUUGAGGAAGUAAAAUUUCAUGCAUAGGAUCAUACAAGGAUUAAAGCCCUGAAUCAGAUUCUGAUGCUCCCCUUUGAGGAGUACCUUCAUCUGCAAGAAUGCUAUAUAUCUAGUUC